CCGGCUGGUGCGCGAGACGCCGCGGAGAGAUUGGUGGCUAAUGUAACAGUUUGCAAACCGAGGGGAGUUGUGAAGGGCGCGGGCUUGGGGGCGUGCUGCCGGCCUCGUGGGUACGUCCGCCGCCGCGUUUGUCCCAGAGCUGAGGCCGCAGGAGCGCAGGGAAUCCGGUUACAAGUGUUGUUUUUCUCCUCCCUCGGAGAUACAAUGGCAGCCACCGUCAGGAGGCAGAGGCCAAGGAGGCCAGCCCGUUGGGCCUUAAUGACUGUGCUCUUGGCAGACCUGUUGGCACUGAGUGACACAUUAGCGGUGAUGUCUGUGGACCUGGGCAGCGAGUCCAUGAAGGUGGCCAUUGUCAAACCUGGAGUGCCCAUGGAAAUUGUCUUGAACAAGGAAUCCCGGAGGAAAACCCCAGUGACUGUGACCCUGAAAGAAAAUGAAAGAUUUUUUGGAGACAGUGCAGCCAGCAUGGCCAUCAAGAAUCCAAAGGCGACACUGCGUUACUUCCAGCACCUCUUGGGGAAGCAGGAAGGAAACCCCCAUGUGGCCCUUUACAGAGCCCGUUUUCCAGAGCAUGAGCUAGGCUUCGACGCACAGAGGCAGACUGUGCACUUCCAGAUCAGCCCGCAGCUACAGUUCUCACCCGAGGAGGUGCUCGGCAUGGUUCUGAAUUACUCCCGUUCCCUGGCUGAAGAUUUUGCAGAACAGCCCAUCAAGGAUGCAGUGAUCACCGUGCCAGCCUUCUUCAAUCAGGCCGAGCGCCGAGCUGUGCUGCAGGCGGCUCGCAUGGCUGGCCUCAAAGUGCUGCAGCUCAUCAACGACAACACCGCCACCGCCCUCAGCUACGGCGUCUUCCGCCGGAAAGAUAUCAACACCACCGCGCAGAACGUCAUGUUCUACGACAUGGGCUCUGGCAGCACCGUGUGCACCAUCGUCACCUACCAGACGGUGAAGACGAAGGAGGCGGGGAUGCAGCCACAGCUGCAGAUCCGGGGCGUGGGAUUUGACCGCACCCUGGGGGGCCUGGAGAUGGAGCUCCGGCUGCGUGAGCACCUGGCAAGGCUUUUCAACGAGCAGCGCAAGGGCCAGAGAGCAAAGGAUGUGCGGGAGAACCCCCGUGCCAUGGCCAAGCUGCUGCGGGAGGCGAAUCGACUCAAAACCGUGCUGAGCGCCAACGCGGACCACAUGGCCCAGAUCGAGGGCCUGAUGGAUGAUGUGGACUUCAAGGCAAAAGUGACCCGCGCGGAGUUUGAAGAGUUGUGUGCAGAUUUAUUUGAGCGGGUGCCCGGGCCUGUCCGGCAGGCCCUGCAGAGUGCCGAGAUGAAUUUGGACGAAAUUGAGCAAGUGAUCCUGGUUGGUGGGGCCACUCGGGUCCCCAAAGUUCAGGAGGUGCUGUUGAAGGCUGUGGGCAAGGAGGAACUAGGGAAGAACAUCAACGCGGACGAGGCCGCCGCCAUGGGGGCCGUGUACCAGGCAGCCGCGCUCAGCAAAGCCUUCAAGGUGAAGCCGUUUGUCGUGCGAGACGCCGUGAUCUACCCCAUCCUGGUGGAGUUCACGAGGGAGGUGGAGGAGGAGCCUGGGGUUCACAGCCUGAAGCACAAUAAGCGUGUUCUCUUCUCCCGAAUGGGGCCCUACCCUCAACGCAAAGUCAUCACCUUUAACCGCUACAACCACGACUUCAACUUCCACAUCAACUAUGGUGACCUGGGCUUCCUGGGGCCUGAGGAUCUUCGGGUGUUUGGCUCCCAGAAUCUGACCACAGUGAAGCUAAAAGGUGUGGGUGAGAGCUUCAAGAAGUAUCCCGAUUACGAGUCCAAGGGCAUCAAGGCCCACUUCAACCUGGAUGAGAGUGGCGUGCUCAGCCUCAUCAGGGUGGAGUCUGUGUUUGAGACAUUGGUGGAGGACAGCCCAGAGGAGGAAUCUACUCUGACCAAACUUGGCAACACCAUCUCCAGCCUGUUUGGAGGCGGUAGCACACCAGACGCCAAAGAGAACGGUACCGACACUGUCCAGGAGGAAGAGGAGAGCCCUGCUGAGGGGAGCAAGGAUGAGCCUGGGGAGCAAGCGGAGCUCAAGGAGGAGGCGGAGGCCCCGAUGGAGGAUACCUCUCAGCCCCCGCCCGCUGAGCCGAAAGAGGGUGCAGCUCCUGAGGAAGAAAAGGCCACAGAAAAAGAAAACGAGGGAAAGCCCGAGGCCCAGAAGCCAAGUGAGAAAAAGGAGGCAGGGUCUGAGGCUGUUCCUCCGGCCCCAGAGGAAGAAAAGAAGCAGAAGCCUGCCCGGAAACAGAGAGUGGUAGAGGAGAUUGGGGUGGAGCUGGUGGUUCUGGACCUGCCUGACUUGCCCGAGGAUGAGCUGGCCCGCUCAGUGCAAAAACUUGCAGACUUGACAUCCCGAGACCUGGAGAAGCAGGAACGGGAGAAGGCUGCCAACAGCUUGGAAGCUUUUAUCUUCGAGACGCAGGACAAGCUGUACCAGCCCGAGUACCAGGAAGUGUCCACGGAGGAGCAGCGUGAGGAGAUCUCCGGGAAACUCGGCGCCGCCUCCGCCUGGCUGGAAGACGAGGGCUUUGGAGCCACCACGGGGAUGCUGAAGGAGAAGCUGACGGAGCUGCGGAAGCUGUGCCACGGGUUGUUUUUUCGGGUGGAAGAGCGCAAGAAGUGGCCCGAACGGCUGUCUGCCCUCGACAGUCUCCUCAAUCAUUCCAGCAUGUUCCUCAAGGGCGCCCGGCUCAUCCCAGAGAUGGAGCAGAUCUUCACUGAGGUGGAGAUGACCACAUUAGAGAAAGUCAUCAACGAGACCUGGGCCUGGAAGAACGCGACCAUGGCCGAGCAGGCCAAGCUCCCUGCCACAGAGAAGCCAGUGUUACUCUCGAAAGACAUUGAGGCCAAGAUGAUGGCCCUGGACCGUGAGGUGCAGUACCUGCUCAACAAGGCCAAGUUUACCAAGCCCCGGCCCCGGCCCAAGGACAAGAAUGCAACCCGAGCAGAGCCUCCUCUCAAUGCCAGUGACCAAGCGGAGAAGGUCAUCCCUCCACCAGGCCAGACUGAAGAUGCAAAGCCCAUUUCAGAACCUGAGAAAGAGACUGCAGGAUCUGAACCAGUAGACACCGAACCUUUAGAGCUAGAAGGUCCUGGAGGAGAACCGGAACAGAAGGAGCAGCCAACCGGACAGAAGCAGACUUUGAAGAAUGAUGAAUUAUAACCACCCCCACCCCCAUCCCGUUCCCCAUCACCCCUCCCCCUUUUCCUACCUCCUCUAUUUAUUAAACACCGAGGGUCAGGGGAAGGGUUGCUCCUGCCCUCAGAGGUUUCGGUUCCUUUCCUCUCACCUCCAUCGGAGGUGUGGGGAAGGGGGAGGAAGGGACAGCUCACCAGAUCCUUCGGCAGUGGUUCUGUGGUAAAACCUGAAAUUGUUCUCUUUUCCAGUCCCACCCUGGCUCCCUACCCAUCCAGGCCCUCGUUUGGGAAAAAUCACUAUUAUGUCUUAAUUCUUUGCCUGUGGGUAGGUGAGAGAUUGGCCGUGGGGGGUCAAUGGGCCUGGCAGGCAGGGGAGGGAUGCCCUGGGCUAUUAGAGAGUCUCCAGUCUUCUCUGUCCUCCCCGCUGCGUCUCCUCCACCGCCAAGUUCGCCCCACAAGGGCCAGUGUCUGCAGAGCCUUGGAUACCAGGUCUGGUUUCUGAGUGCCUAUCUAUGCUCUUUGCUCCUCCAAGGUCUUGUCUUUCCCUAGAAGGCUCUUCCCCUGGUUUCCUUGGCUUCCGGUUGCAAGUAAGGGUAGCUGUCCGCCUCUUGCCCGAGCCUUUCCACCUGGACUGGCUGCAGUAUAGCCGGAUCCGUGCCCGCCCGCUGGCACAGCCCGCCGUGGCCAGGGUGGGUAGGGAGAGCGUGAAGAAGGGAACCCAGCCACCUCUGUGGGAGAGACGACUGAAAACCCCAGAGCUCCCACCUGCGGGCUUCCGGAUGCGGGAAAACGCGUGGCGUGGCCAGUGCAGGAUGCCGGCAUCCCACCGGGGCUGCCCGAGUCCGCCGCCUCCCUGUUCCUAGCCCUCCGCGGCCCUGUGACUCGGGCCCUCUCUGCUCUCCUGUCUUCUGCCCUCCCAGACAUGGCCUUUCCCACGUCCCCUGGCUCCCCUGGCCCCCCUGGGCUGACCAAAAUGUGCUUUCUACUGUGAGCCCCUAUCCCGAGACCCUGGGAGGAGAGACCGUGGCGUGAAUGUACAACUUGCCCUCUUCGAGGCGGGCCGUGUGGGCAAAGGAAGAGGGUGUGGGCAGGCCUGCCUUUCUCACAUUGCUCUGCUGAGGUGGGGGCUCUACCCAUCGUGCCGAUGUUGGGGAGCCUGCCCUCCACGCUUCGUCUGGAGUGGGAGCCACAGCUCCCACCCGGCUCCCAGGGCAAGGGGGAACCUGGUUGUGUCUGUCUUUUGUUUUCCUUUUUUUUUUUUUUUUUUUUUUUUUGCCACAUUGGCAGAUAAGAGACUGAAGGGUCCCACCCCGCCCUGUUUGAGUUCUUUCACUAGCAGUUGAGGCUGGUUGGACAGGUUUGAGUCAAGUUGUACUUUGGUCCAUUGUUAAUUGAGAAACUGUUUCAAUAAAAUAUUCUUUUCUACAGUU